CUCUCUAUCCAAACACCUUUCUCCAUCAACAAACAUAAAAAAAAAUCCAGCCAGAAAAAUGGAGCAAAAUCUACCAAUCAUAGCAAAGAAAUUGUUGAAAAUAGUAAAAGUGGUAUAUUUCAUGCUGAGAAAAGGCAUUUCAAAGGGGAAGCUAUUAGCUGAUCUCAGCAUGCUGAUGAAGCGUGGCAAGAUCGCCGGCAAAGCCGCCAUCCACAGCCUCAUGCCCCACCACCACCGCCCUUCUACCUCGGAUCGCCACCUAGAAUACGAGUUCAGCUGGGCCAAAACCUCCGCGCACAAGCGGAAGCAGUGCCGCCCCACCGAGGAAGAGCUAAUGAAGGCCGCGGUCGAGAUGUUCCACAGCGCCACUGCCUCGCCGGCUCUUCCGGGCUUCGGCCCGAGCCCGAUGGUGAGGCAGCUGAGGAUAACUGACUCACCGUUUCCGUUGAGAAACGAUGAAGAAGAUAAUCACGUAGAUGAAGCUGCUGAAGAGUUUAUCACAAGAUUUUAUAAGGAUUUGAGGCAGCAAAAUUCUCUCUUAUUCCUUAAAAUUUUGUGAUUUUUAGUGUGCGCUGUAUUAUUGUGCUGUGAUUUUUGUAAUGACGGUUUUCAAUUGAAAAGAUAUAUAAAUAAAUUUCGACGAA